AAGGUGAUCCCACAACAACCAUACCCAACACACAGGAGUCAGCUAACGCCGGGAGGUCAGUUCAUUUGUAUCAAGCCAUAACACAGGCAGUGACCCGACUCAUGGACCACUGCAGCAGCUGCUCAACCACACAGCUACGUUUGGAGGAAGACCAUGAAUGACAAACUAGUUUUCUUGGGCCUGCUGUACUUUGUCCAGGGCAUUCCCUAUGGUCUCCAGUCUUCUCUGCUUCCUGUCUACCUGCGUGGAGCUGGUCACUCUCUCACCCGCAUCGGUUUCACCAAGAUCCUCUACUUCCCCUGGGUACUCAAGGUGCUCUGGGCCCCUUUGGUGGACAGACUUGGCACUAAGCGUCGCUGGCUGGUAUGGACGGUGUCUGGGCUGGCCCUGACAUGUCUGUUGAGUGCUGCCCUGGCCCCAGAAGCGCAUAUCUGGGGAGUGGCUGGAACUCUGUUGGCUAUGAACACCUUGGCCUCUGUUCAAGAUAUCGCUGUAGACGGAGCAGCAGUGGGGUUGUUGAAAGGACGUGGAGAACUGGGUCUGGGCAACACUGCCCAAGUCGUAGGUUAUAAGGCUGGAUCAGUGUUUGCUGGAGGCGGGCUCCUGGCUGUGAUUGAUGUGGCUGGAUGGGGUUGGAUGUUUAUGCUGCUGACAUUUGUGUAUGCAGGAGUGGCUCUGUUUGUGUGGGGGGCCCCUGUGCUGGACGAUGAGGGGGUGAGGGGGCAGCUGGCAGAUGGCAGCAGGAGGGGUGGACAGGGAGCUGAAAUUAUAAGACCAUGGAAGGUUUGGAGGAAACUGCUGGCAGUUCCUGGCACACCUUGGACUGUCCUGUAUGUGCUGACAUACAAACUGGGAGAGCAGGGCGCAGUAACCAUGUUUCCUCUGUUCCUCCUGGAUCACCACAUGACAGCCAGGGAGCUCAGCUUCUGGAACGGUGUUGUUGCCAUGGGCUUCUCUAUCUGUGGUUCUUCUUUGGGAGGCCUGCUGCUCUCUCAGUUUAGCAUCGGGGCUCUGAUGAGACGUGUGUUUGUGUUGCGAACCAUCAGCAUGGUCUUUCAAAGUUCCCUGCUCACCGUACUGGAACCCUCGCCAAUCAUGAAAGGUAUGGGAGUUCUGAGCAUGAGCAUUCAACACUUCCUGGGUGGUCUCAUCACCACACUCACCUUCACCACCAUGAUGCAUUGUACUCAGAGGGCAGAGGAAAGCAUCCAGGCCACCCACUACAGUUUCUUGGCGACUCUGGAGGUGCUGGGGAAGCUGAUGUUCAGUGCUUUUGCCGGGGUGUUGGUGGACUGGUUUGGUUUCCAGGUAGCCUUCCUGUUCUUCCUCACGCUGUCUGCUGGGACAGCGCUGCACGUGUGGACAGCUACCUUCACUGGUGCUCUCAGGGAGCAUCAGAUCAAAGAACAGCCCAAAUGACUUCCAGGCCUAAAGGUCCUGGUUUAGGGCAAGUGCUGCUGAAUGAAACAUGAUGAAAUAGAGUUUGACUAUUUAAAAACCGCAAAGUAUGUGUCACGUUAAACGUAACAGUUUUAUUACAGGAAUUUACAUCAAAAGAUCUUGAAGAAGUCUUGGCUGUUCUUAAAUAAGUCAACCAUGGUUUUAAGUUCAGUGUGUGCUUUUGUUUUGUAUGAUUCUGCCAAAUUUAGCUUUAUUUUUUUCUUUUAAAGUUUCACAGAAAGUCUUAAAAUGUGAAGAUGAAGCUCACACAUAAAAACAUAAUAUAGGCUCAUUAAAUGAAGCUGCAUUAUGUACUGAGGAUAGGGAUGAGCAUUGUAAGCAAAAACACUUCACUUUUGUCAGUAAUUAUUUAACUUUUUAUCAAAUGCUCAACCCAUCCAUCUAUCAGCUAGUGCUUCAAACACAAUACCAACUUUCAGACAUUCACGCUUCUCACAAUGUGUUUAUUUUGUCUUUUACUCAAGCAGGGCUAAUUAAUAUAGCACAAUAAGACUCAGCAUAACAAACUGUUUAAAAGCACAAAAAUCAGUCUUAAUGAGCACUUAUUUCAGUUGCUGCUUUAUGAUUUAGAGCAGCUGCCUGUUUUCAUGUUGAUUAAAAACUUGCUUGUCCCUAGGCCUGCUGGACAAUUAAUUGUCCCAGAAAUUAUUGCGAUAAACGAUAAUAUUGUCUUGUGACAAUUUUAAAACUAAUAUAAUGAUAAUAGCAUAAUAAUGUACAUCAUCUCAAAGAUCAAUAAAUUUUAGUUUUUUAAGAAUGUUUUAACAAAAUGGACUCUCAGUAUAACAAAAAACGCACUUGAAGAAAAAAACAAAGAACAAAAUGGAAAUUAAAGACCACACACAACUGAAACAGUAAAUAAACAAUAUUAAAGAGCUCUCUUUAGAGUUGAAGCAAACUACGCUGCCUGAGUGCGCACCGCUUUUUGUAUGUCGCUUGUCGGUUGAACGCUCCAGUCAUUGUGGACUGUCGGGAAGACUGAGAUGACCCGUCAAUUUUAGUUUUUUUUUUCCCCCAGCUGGGAAAACUGCAUCGGAUGAUUAUGUUUUAGGUGCAGAUGCAAGUUUGUGGUUUUGCUACUUUUAGUUGCUAUUUUUUUUUACAACAAAUUCAACAUACCGGCUCGCACAGGUUAAGUAGUUCACCACAAUCACUGGGUUUGAAUCCAAGUGCUCCCACACUGCAGCGGUCACAUUCGGCUUUGAAACCAAUUCCAACGUUUCUUUAGUUUGUUAUUGCUACAAGCUUUCAUGCCGUGCCCGACAAUACCUAACGCGAGAGUUCACACCUCCCGAAGAAAAGAGGAGGGGGAGGGAUCAGUCGAGCACCCUUUACAUCGGAGCACAGAGAGGGUCGGACGAAGUAAACAAGCAAGCAGGCAAAUGAAAAUUAUCGUCCUCAUUUUUUUAAAAUCGACCUCAAAAUAAUUUAUCAUACGAUUAAUUGAUUUAUUGAAUAUCGUGACAGGCCUACCUAUGGUUGGGAUUUGCGGUGACUUAAAGUUUGCUCACCACAAUUCCUGCAGCUGAAAAACCAUCUAAUGAAACAGAGGGUACCAAGAUGUCUGCUGCUGCUACUAAUUCUGCAAGCUUGUGGAUCUUUAUUCUUUCAUUUUUACAGAUCCAAUCGAUCAACAGGGAUGCAUGUAUUCUCACUGUAAAGCUGAGCACACCCAUAACCAUAGUUUUCACUUUAAAAUCCUUUCAAAAUAAGACAAUGGCAAAAACAUAUCCUCCAACGCUCUAAGUUGUUUUACUUGUUUUUUUGUUUUGUUUUGGCACCACAACUAGAGAACAAGUUUGAAGACAACUU